AUGGAGAGCCCCGGUUGGGGCCCCUGUCUUCCCCGCCCCCGUUGUGGGUCAACCCCCAGGACCACCCGCCCGACCUUUUGGAGCGGUGCGGGCCAGCUAGCGGUGCACGCGCUGCUGGUCCAGCUCCCGGUCAUGGUGUUCGACCGGAUGGCGUACAACGACCUGGGUUGGCCCCUCUGCCUCUUGCUGCUCGGGCUGCACGGGGCCUGCCUCGGCCCGGGCGCCUGGAGGCGGAGGCUGGGCAUGGGCGGCUGCUACGUGCUGCACGGUCUUCGCAUGGCGGUCGACGCCGUCUGUAGCCUCGGCGGGAUGACUGGCUGGACGUUCAUCUUCGAGGAGGACUUGGCCAGGUACCAGUACGCUCGGGAGAGCUGGGUCGUUUUCCACCAGCAGCCUCCUGAGAAGUGGUGGGCCAAGCGGCAGUGGGACAGCUUCCAGCAGGGAAUGUCCACAAUCUGCGGGCUUGCGGUGCCCAUGCUGCUCAGCGCGUGGAACCCGACCGAGCAUCUGCACCCCCUUGAGCUGCUCGGCUGGGGGCUCUGGAUCUCGUUCUGGGCGCUCGAGAACCUGGCGGACCGCCAGAAGCGCCUCUUCCUGCUGGAGUGCCGGAGGCUGGACGCCGUGUCCGUGACCGAGGCGGAGCGCGAGGAGCUCCGGGCCGCCACGCUGGGCAUGUCGCCCUGGGACGGGUCGGAGUUCUGGCUCUGGACCCGGUGCCGGCACCCCAACUACUUUGGCGAGUGGAUGUGCUGGGUCAGUCUGUCCCUCGCCGCGGUGCCGUCCCUGGUCGCUCUCGCCAGUCGGGGGUGCGCCAGCUGGAGGGUCUGCGCACUGGCGCUCCUGCUGCUGCACACGCCGCGGAUGUUUUACGACUGCCUGGUGCACUGGACGGGGGCGGCCGCGGCGGAGCACUUCUCCGUGCGGAAGCGGCCCGCCUACCGCGAGUACCAGCGCACCGUGCGGUGCUUCUUCCCCGUGGAGGUCCCCUUCGUCGACCACCACCGCCAGGCUGGCUGGCCGCGUCCUGCCGCGAGCGACAAGGAUCUCCGGGCGGGCUUAAGCGCCAAAAAAGCGGAGCUCCGCUCUGGGGCCGCUCGGUCCUUUCCUGCGGCCGCCGGGCGGUUGCUCUCCGAGCCGGAGGCUUUCCCCGCCGGCCACGCGGAUCAUGCCGACUUCGGCGGUCGCACCUAUAGAGGGAGCGAGAAGGAGAAGAGCCACGGGCAUAUUGUGCGAUUCCCAGACAGGGCCGCCGCGGGCCCCGGGCCGCCCCCCGUCGCCGCCGCGGCCGGCGGGCCCAGGCUGCACGGGCCCUCCACGCGGGGCGGCCGCGGCGGCCGCGGCGGGGCGCCGAGCGGCCCGGCGGCGGGCGCGCGCCGAGGCGACCCCUUCCCGCCCCCCUUUGGGUUGCGGGCAGACACUUACUUCUCCGGCAAGAUGCUCGCAAGGCUCGCGAGGCUCGUGGUAAUCGCGGACGAGCUGGGCGAGGCCAAGGAGUCGUACUUCUCCGACAUGGUGAAGCGCCUCACUGAGAGGAUAGAGGUCUGGCUCCGCGAGGACGCGGAGGCGCCCUUCGUCUACGACGCCGCCUGGGGCGGCCUCGUCUCGUGUGGGUGCCUCUACGACGACUGCGAGGGCGAGUGCGGGCCGCGCUGCGCCAACGCGGGGGAGCCGGCGAGCAGCUGCCCUGCGCUGGAGGCGCGAGCUCCGCGGGUGCCGCUGCAGCGGGGCGACACCACCAAUCAGGCGCCUGGCAUGAAUUUCGGGAAUGGCUAUUACAAUGACCACCACUUCCACUACGGGUACUUCGUGUAUAGCGCUGCCGUUGCGGCCAAGUACGCUCCGAAGUGGGAGGAGGAGUGGCGCGAGCAGAUCUUGGCCCUGGUCAGGGACUACGCGAACCCCUCGGCCGAGGACCCGCACUUCCCGGUGGCGCGCCAUAAGGACUGGUUCUUGGGCAUCUCCUGGGCAGGGGGCAUCCCGCAGGCUUAUGAGAACGGGCGGAACCAGGAAAGCACUUCGGAGGCCAUCCACAGCUACUACGCCUGCGUGCGCUGGUCGCACUAUUGCGGGCGAGGCUUCUUCAACGGCAGACGACGGCAGCGUGCCGCAGGGCUCACGGAGUGCAUCGCGUUCCAGUUCUUCGGCUCCGUCCCGUGGCGCUGGGCUUUCUUUGUUCUGCCUGCGUCUGACGUACCUCGUUUUCGGAAGAGCAUCGCUGCGCGAUGGCGAACAUCUUGGAAGCUCCUCUCCCCCGUCCUUCCCCACCUCGCCCUUCA